AUGCCCUCACUACGUAACAUCCUCCACAAACACGACGAUCUCAGCACCACCCAAACACCUCGAAAUGCACCAGCAAACCCAGCCCCUGAGUUGAAGCUCAUCCGUACAGACACCCAUACCCAAGAGAUAAUCGUACCUCCAUCGUACCCAGACGACCCAACCCCAUACCCAUCCUCACCAUCUCAAGAGGAGCCCACAUCUCCACGCCGGAGCUUCCAGUUCUUUAACCGCUCCCCCAGACGGCCCUCUGUUUCCUCGCAGUCCCCUCCCCAUCGCGAGCGCCACCUCUCAAGCUUCCUACAUCACCAUCGCAGUCGCAGUAACUCGCGUGACUCGUCCGCUAAUAUCCCCGCGGACCUACCGCAGAUCGAGGAGGAUCGCGGCGCGAGUAAGCAGGAGCGCGAGGCGCUGUGGGAGAAGAGGGCUACUGUGCUUGUGCAGCACAACCCGCAGUUUGCGCACUCCGGUUCGUCUUUGCCGGUGCGGCAGGGCGAGGGAGAAGCUUCGCUGGGUUUAGGGUUGGGGCAAGGGGGGCAGGUUGGGUCGAGGAGCUCAAGUCAGAGUCGGGUUGGUGUGGAUCCAAAUCAGGAUAUUAAUAUUCAAGAGGCGAUCCGACUGCACGAAUCUGGUGAUCUCGAGCGAUCAACUCACAUGUUCGAACAACUUGCUGAUCCAAAUGGCGCAAAUAAUCCUCUGAGUCAGGUUCUUUAUGGCCUCGCGCUACGACACGGAUGGGGCUGUCCUGUAGAUGCAACACGCGCCGUGACCUAUCUCUCCGCCGCAGCAUCCAAUUCCGCCGCGGUUGAGGCGGAGGCUCUGCGUGCCGGAGUUAAGAAAGGGGGAGUUGCGAAAGGCGAGCUCGUUUUGGCUAUCUUCGAACUGGCCAAUUGCUUCCGCCAGGGGUGGGGUAUAGCGAAGGAUCCUGCUGCUGCUAGACAGUAUUACGAGACCGCUGCAAAUUUGGGUGACACUGAUGCAAUGAACGAAGCGGGAUGGUGUUAUCUCGAGGGAUUUGGGGGGAAGAAAGACAAGUUCAAAGCGGCUAAGUAUUACCGACUUGCCGAGGAGAAUGGGUGCCCUACUCUUGGGAAUUCAUGGAUCUGGAAAGACAAGUACAACCCGAAGUAA